AUGCCGCAGCUCCGUUGGCUUCUGCUGCUUCUGGGCACGUGCACGGCCUCCACCUACACGGACAAUGUAUGUGACGACCCGAAAGUGUCCUCGCUGCCGUUCUGCGACGGGUCGCUUCCUAUCGACGCGCGUGUCAGCGAUCUAGUGAACCGCAUCCCGCUCGAGCAGGCCGUUGGGCUUCUCGUCAACAAGGCGUCAGCCGCUCCUAGCGUCAACGUGCCCAGCUAUGAGUGGUGGAACGAGGCGCUGCAUGGCGUGGCGCUGUCCCCCGGUGUGACGUUCAAGGGCCCGUUGACUGCGGCAACCAGCUUCCCGCAGGUGCUCAGCACCGCCGCGUCGUUCAACCGAACGCUGUUCUACCAGAUCGCAGAGGCGAUCUCCACCGAAGCGCGAGCGUUCUACAACGAGAAGAACGCGGGAUUGACGUUCUGGACACCUAAUGUGAACAUUUUCCGCGACCCGAGAUGGGGACGCGGACAGGAGACCCCUGGAGAAGACCCGUACCUCACGGGCGAGUACGCUGUGGCAUUUGUGAGAGGGCUUCAGGGUGAAGCUAUGGAAGGGCACGAAAAUAAGGACGACAACAAAUUCUUGAAGAUUUCGAGCUGCUGCAAGCACUUCUCUGCCUAUUCGCAGGAAGUGCCGAGACACCGCAAUGACGCUAUCGUGACCAAGCAAGACCAAGCGGACACCUACUUUCCCGCGUUCGAGGAUUGUGUGAAGCGAGGCCACGUGAGUUCUAUCAUGUGCAGCUACAAUGCUGUGAACGGCAUUCCAUCUUGUGCCGACAAGGGACUGCUGACAGAUUUGGUGCGCAACCAAUGGAAGUUUGACGGGUACAUUACCUCAGAUUGCGAGGCAGUAGCAGAUGUGAUCUACCGUCACCACUUCACGCAGUCGCCGGAGCAAACGUGUGCUACGACGCUGGACGCGGGAAUGGACCUGAACUGUGGGGAGUUCUUGAGACAACAUCUCUCAAGUGCGAUAGAGCAGGGCAUUGUUUCGACGGAGAUGGUGCAUAACGCUCUGAAGAACCAGUUCCGUGUGAUGAUGAGACUGGGCAUGUUCGAGAAGGGAACUCAGCCAUUUAGCAACAUCACCAAGGAUGCUGUAGACACAGCUGCGCAUCGACAGCUCGCACUUGAAGCCGCUCGCCAGAGCGUCGUGCUACUCAAGAACGAAGAUAAUACCCUGCCGCUGGCCACAGACGUUUUUUCUAAGGACGGAUCACUUGCACUUAUUGGGCCACACUUCAACGCGAGUACUGCACUACUUGGAAAUUACUUCGGCAUACCUUCGCACAUAGUUACCCCACUGAAAGGGGUGUCAUCCUAUGUGCCGAACGUUGCAUAUUCGCUUGGAUGUAAGGUAUCGGGUGAGGUUCUACCCGACUUCGACGAGGCCAUUGAAGUUGUCAAGAAAGCGGACCGCGUGGUUGUCUUCAUGGGUCUUGAUCAAAGCCAAGAAAGAGAAGAGAUCGAUCGCUACCAUCUCAAGCUACCAGGCUUCCAGAUCGCACUUCUUAAUCGAAUCCUUGCAGCUGCUUCGCACCCGAUUGUCUUGGUGCUUAUCUCCGGUGGCAGCGUUGACUUGUCACUUUACAAGAAUCACCCGAAGGUUGGAGCAAUUGUUUUUGGUGGGUACCUUGGACAAGCCGGUGGCCAGGCUUUGGCCGAUAUGCUGUUUGGCAAGUACAGCCCUGCUGGAAGGCUUACACAAACGUUUUACGACUCGGACUACGUGAACACCAUGCCAAUCUAUGAUAUGCACAUGCGUCCGACGUUUGUGACGGGCAAUCCGGGCCGGACGUACCGCUUUUUCAGCGGUGCCCCAGUCUACGAGUUUGGUUUCGGGUUGUCGUACACCACGUUUCACAAAGCCUGUCGUUCUUGCGUGGCAUCGUUUGAGAUCACAGUGACAAACUUGGGUGACGUUGAAGGUGAAGAUGCCAUCCUCAUUUACGCCGAGCCUCCUCAUGCCGGAGAAGGUGGUCGCCCGCUGAGGUCGCUGGUGGCGUUUGAGCGCACGGCGCUAGUUACCACAGGAAAAACAGCCACCGCGGAUUUCUGCCUGGAAGCUAAGGCGUUUGCUCUCGCCAACGCAGAGGGCAGCUGGGUCGUCGAACAGGGCAACUGGACUAUUCACGUUGACACGCUGCAACACAGAGUGAACGUGCAAGCGCCCAUCGCUCGCGAGCCAGCGGUCGUUGAAGAGAUCACACGCAAGCCGCUACCGCGCGGUGCAGUGUGGGCCUAA